AUUCCAGAAACAGAAACACAGAAAAUCAACACUUUAAAACAAAACAAAAAGAAGAGAUUGGUACAUGGCCUGAAAGUGUGAAAGUGAAAUUCCUUUCGAGCAGACCACAAUCCCCACCGCUGCGCGUCGCUUUGGGGUAUCUCUGGCCCCAUUUUCUCUCUCUAUAAGUCUCACCUAAUCCCAUCUCCCUUUCCUCACUCAUUCAGUUGAAAGCAAGAAGAACUGCAUGCAAAGGGUGAACUAAGUGGUCGAGAAGGUGAAGAGUAUUCUAAAAUAAGUUUCGAACGAGCAAGUUGUUUGUGAAAACAAAAAUCAGUACACUGAGAUGGAUACAACAGGGCGUAUUGUGAGACACGGAGCCGUUGAUGAGAGGCGAUAUAGAAGUGCAUCAUCAGAAAACAACGGGGUGGCAUCAACUUCUUGCCAGGGCAGGGAGACAUUGGAAUGUCCUCAUAUCUCUCCCACCACCGCUGCUGAGGCUUUGGUAAAGGAAGCGAAGAUGCACAUCGGUAGAUUCUUUUAUGAGAAUGGAUUGGAUUUCGAUGCUGUCAAUUCUCCGAGCUUCCAGAGCAUGAUCUCCCUUUUCUGUCGGAGGGGGAUGCAGUGUCAAGCUCCUACAGUCGAGGAGUUAAAAGGAUGGAUCUUUGAAGAUGUGAUCAAAGAAAUGAACCAACGAGUUGAUGAGAUUAGAAGAUCAUGGGCUGAAACUGGUUGCACCAUCAUGCUUGAUGGAUGGACGGAUGCAAACGGCCGGAGUUUGGUGAAUGUUCUGGUGGAUUGCCCGAAAGGUACUGUGUAUCUUCACUCUUCUGACAUUAGUGAUUGUCUCAAAAACAUGGAUGCUAUGCAGACCUUCUUCGCCAAGAUUCUGGCGGAGGUUGGAGUCCAGAAUGUGGUGCAGAUCAUGACGUACUCGAGCUCGGCCUUCAUGAAGGAGGCCGGUACGCAGCUCAUGGAGAGGUACCGGCCCAUCUUUUGGACGGUGAGUGCUUCCCACUGCAUUGAGCUUAUGCUGGAGAAACUGGGGAGCAUGGAUCUCAUCAAACAGACGCUGGAGAAGGCGAAGAUCAUCACUAGAUUCGUCCACAGCAACCCGAUUGCUCUGAAGUAUAUGCAAGAGCAGACGAAUGGGAGUGGCCUGGUUGAUUCUUCGAGGACGAGGUCGAUAAGGCCUUUUCUAGUGCUUGAGAAUAUAGUGAUAAAUAAGGAGACUUUGAAGACAAUGUUGUCCUCCUCUCAUUCUCAAAGUUCGAUUCUGAUGUCAACCAUGGAGGGAAGAAGAGUGGCUGAGUUGGUGGCGGAUCGUUUGUUCUGGACUGGGGCCGUGACUAUUCUGAAAGGCGCUAUACCUCUUGUGCGCGUCAUAGAAUGGAUGAACAAGAGUGGCAACGAUCACAUGGGGUAUAUAUACGAGACCAUUGAUCAGGCCAAGGAAACCAUCAAGGAGGGGUUCAAGAAGAAAUCCGCGUAUGCACCGUUUUGGCAAGCAAUCGAUGAUGUUUGGAACGAGUCCCUCUACAGCCCUCUUCACUCUACAGGAUACUACUUUAACCCCAAUCUCUUCUUCUCGACUGAUGUGUUUAUCGACCCUGAAGUUGUCACCGGCUUGUGCUGCUGCAUUGUUCGUUCCACUGCUGACUUUCAGAUGCAGGAUCGGAUUACUGUCCAGAUGGAGCAGUACAGAACUGCCAAAGGUGCCAUGGCUGCUGGAGUUGCUGAAGAUCGAAGAUCAAAUAUUUCUCCAGCACUUUGGUGGUUGAGAUAUGGUGGGGAGUGCCCUGAGCUGCAGAGGCUGGUGGUUCGAGUUCUGAGCCAGACGUGCGACGGAGCAGCCAAGUUUCAGCUCAACAGAAGCUUAGCAGAGGCACUUCUCAAUAAGAGAAGGAAUGAAGAUGGGCAGGAGAGGCUGAGGGAUAUGGUCUUCCUUAGGUACAACAUGCAGCUGCAGAACUUUGUACCUGGCAAGACCACCUACAUUGGGUCCGAUGAGCUCGACCUAGUCGAUGACUGGAUCGGGAAUGAAUCGAGGAACGACGUUUCCCAAAACGGCGACGCGUCGGGGAUGGAGAUGGAUGGUGGAGGACUUUCUGUUCUUGGUAUGAGAAGAUGACACUGGACUUUUUGAUUCAAUGUUUUUUCAUCAUAUGCAAGCUCUUUUAUUUUUAUGAUACUAGUACAAUUUUUGCAGUAGAUAUCAUCUAUUCUUCUGGUUGUGCUUAUUUUAUUUAUGAUGAUAUCAUGUAUAUACGAUUGAGUGGUGUAUAAUGAAAUACUCUCCGGUCUCCUAAUUCUUUAUCCCUUUUGUCAUUUUAAUUUGUCCCUCAAAAUUUUAUCUUUUUCUAUUUUCAGUAAAAUUAUUUCGCUCAAUUUCAUAAAGAUAAGACACUAUAAAUCAGAAAAUUAGAAAUCGAAAUAGUGAUUUCACAUAUAUCAGGCAUUGAUCAGUUGGUGUACAUUCUCACAAGUCACAAGCAUCAACCACCCCAUCUUAGCCGCCUUCGGCUGCUUCUGCCCGCUCCGAUCUGGCGAGGAGCCAGUCGACCACCUCCCCGAAGACGAGCUCGACGUCCUCGUCGGUCUCGCCGGCCAGCUGGUGCCACAUUCCGGGGUAUAUACGCAGGGUCUUGUCCUUGCUGGCGGCGCGGUGGUAGAGCUCCUCCGCGCAGGCAGGGUCACAGACGAUGUCGUCGCCGCCGUGUACAAUGAGGAACGGUAUGUCCACUUCGUCGAACCUCCCCUGCAGCUCCCUGCUCAGCCUCAUCAGCUCUUGUGCUGUGGCGGCGCGUGGCCUUAUCAUCGGCCGCCGAGGGCUUGCAAGCGCCAGUUUCCGCUUCCACUCCACCUUUUUCACGCGCCACCAAUUAACAAAUAUAAUCAUCAAAUCAAAUUGUACACAUUAGCCAUCAAUAAAAGCUUGAAUUGAAAAUA